AUGUGGAUCACGCGACUCGUCUCCCUGACCAACUUCGCCGUGGCUUCGUCGGCACUCGGUUUCCAGGUCUUCGUUCUGUACCCCUGGCACGAGCAGCUGCAGCGCGACUUUGAGGACCUCAAGAAGGAACACCUGCGAGUGCUGGAUGCCAUCCGUGACAUGGAUGUCGAGGUCAAGCACGAAGCGAGCCGAACCAUUCUGCAGCGACUAGGAUGGCGCCAAUAA